AGUUGAACAGCAUGUAAUUUUACUAAAACCUUCCAUCCUUACUCAAAACGAGGCGUGAUUUAUUUGAUUUCAAGGAAAAAAUUCUAUAGAUCAUCAUGAAUAACGGAUAUUUAAAAGCUUCUGAGUUUUGUGACGAUGCCAGAUAUGAAAGUUUCUUAAGUGAUCAUGAAUCUCAGCUUCGAUCUCUCGGAAUUCCGCAGUGUAAAUGGAAAACCCUAUGCUUUAAAUUGAGUGAGUCGGUCUUUGACGCAGGGGAUGACUUCUUAUAUGUGCAGGAAGAAGUAUCCGCGGAUGAAACCGAAGAUACAGAUGAGUGUGAAAAAGUUGUUUGGAAAGUAUAUACUAAAUGCUCCAUGGACCCUGAUGAUGAAAAUCAUAUUUACCUCAUUGAUCAUGCUUGGACUUAUACGUGGGAAACAGCCCGAAGAACUUUAGAAAACAGCAUUGAUCUUGUGGAGAGAAUGUGUUCCAUAAUGAAUGUGUGCUUUCUGAAUCGGCCAGUUGAAGAUGCAGUUAAUGAUGUAUUAAGAGAGAUGUGGAAGUUUAACAAUUCAUAUUUGGUACAAAAUUCUAGUCAGUCAUCUUCCUUACGCUGUUGGUUCAUCAUGGAUGAAUUUGGUUCUCGAGUACAACGUGCAGAAGACCCAACUUUUUCCAUUGUACCUUUCUUUUAUGCGCCGCAAAACAUUAUGUUCUGCUUAAUGUUUCCUAAAUGCCACAUUGAUGCAGAAGUGGAAGCUACUUAUGGUUAUCCAAGAUUUAACUCUACUCUCCCAGAUGAUCUGCAAAAAGUUUUAAAAUAUCCUUGGGAUCCUCAGGACUUAUCUCACAUUGAUUUUAAUCUCCAAGAACCAGAUGCUGAUUAUUUUGCAUCUGGACGCCACCAAGAAAUAAUACCCUGCAGUGAUAAAGUAGUUCCUCCAAGCAAUAAAACAGUAUACAAAGUGUAUUCUGAAUACCCUGAUGUUAAGAAACACUUAACUCAUCCUCUUUUCAAAAUGACUGAUGAAAAACUAGAAGCUGAUAUACUGUGGCUGUCAGAACGAAUCUAUGACUAUAAGGAACUUCUCAAUUCCCAUACUGAUGCCUUUUUUGUCAAUCAAUUUCCAUCCGAACAAGUCUUGAUAAAUAAAGAUUUGCUUGCUGUUGUAUGUCGUAGGUGUUGCCAAAACUUGCCUUCAAAUAUUGAUUUGCUAGAAGCAAACCCAAUUUGGUUACCAGUUACAUAUAAUUUACUGUCAGAGUUACCUCAGUUUUCAUCACAUUUUCUUCAUAGGGAAAAAAGGAAUAUGAAGAACAUUUGGAUUUGUAAGCCUUUCAAUUUAGCAAGAGGAAUGGAAAUUUACAUAACUGACGAUUUGAGCCAAAUCAUCCGGUUGAGUGAAACAAGACCAUUAGUGGCAUGUGAAUACAUUACUGAUCCAGUUUUAUUUCCCGUUGAGGAAAUUGGAUUAGUAAAAAUGGAUCUUCGUUUUAUAGUCUUGUUGAGAAAAGUACUACCUUUAGACUUGUAUGUUUACCAAAGAUUUUGGAUUCGUUUUGCAAAUAAGCCAUUCUCAUUAGAUGAUUUUGAAGAUUAUGAAAAACAUUUUACAGUCAUGAAUUACAACAAUUUUCCACUGAAACAAAUGUAUUGUCAUGAUUUUAUUAAAAAAUUUGAAGAUUAUUAUUCAUCUUAUAAAUGGUGUGAUAUUGAGGAAAGCAUUUAUGAAAUGAUCAAUGACAUUUUUACUGCAUCAACCCUUAAGGAACCCCCUGCAGGCAUUGGAGAUUUUUCUGCUUCCAGAGCAAUGUAUGGACUAGAUAUUAUGCUGAAAUGGGACAGAAGUUAUGAUGUUCCAAAAAUGAUUCCUGUGAUUCUAGAAGUAAAUUUUAUGCCAGACUGCAAAAGAGCAUGUGAUUAUUAUCCAGAAUUUUAUGAUGACAUUUUUAGUGUUCUAUUCUUAGAUGAUGUAUAUAAAAAGCAUGUUAAGAAAAUUUGAAGAUAUUGUUCCCCAAAUCUUUCUACACCAAUUGAUUUUUCUAUUUGUAAUUUUUUGAAUUUUGUAACUCAACAUUUACCAUCUGUAAAUGAAGUUUUAAUAAAUUCAUAUUUUACUAUUA